AUGGUCCCCCAAAUUGGAGAUUUUGGUUUGUCAAGACUCUUCCCUUCAGUACAAACAUAUAUCACGAUUAAAAUUAUAGGAACACCCGGAUACAUGCCACCAGAAUAUAUUGAGAGAUAUGAAAUCACAUCGAAGUAUGACGUAUUCAGUUUGGGUGUUGUAAUCAUGCGGAUAAUGGCAGGAGAUGAGGGCUACUCCAAAUGUGCGCAUAUGUCUUCGCAAGAAUUUAUUGAGCAUGUACAUGAAAAGUGGGGGAAACAACUGCGGGAAACAAUGUCGUCAUAUAUAUCAGAGCAGCUUAGCACAUGUCUUGAAAUAGCGCUGAGGUGUGUGGAGGUCGAUCAUGAGAAACGACCUACUAUAGCAGAGAUUGUUGAUGAACUGAACAAGGUUGAUACUGCAGAAAGUUCAACUAAAGACAAGAUUGUAGCUAGACAUGGAUAG